CAAAGGAUGGUUAUUCAAGUGGUGCUAUAGGAAGAGCUAAAUCAUCUGAAUACAAUUUAUUAUUGACAAGCAUACAUGAUAUGUGUAAGGACAUUCCCGAAUACUUGUCUAAAGUCUUAAAAGAUAAUUCUGUUAGUGAAAAGAUUGAUAAGAUGAUUGAGAUUUACGAACGUCAAAAAAAGAUUAUAC